CUCCUGACUCUCAACACACAUUCUCGCCAUCCACUCUCCUGGCACCUUGUUUUGGCUAUGAGUCAAUACGUCCACGUCCCGAAAACUGAGCUCGACGAGUCUCAAAUCAGAGAGUUGGAGGAAUAUGAAAUCUCACAGGGUCCCCUUUCCGUCCUUCAGCAGGCAGUCCGUAAUCAAUCGCAAGUCUUGAUAUCACUGAGGAACAACAAGAAGCUGUUGGCAAGAGUCAAAGCAUUUGAUAGACACGCCAACAUGGUCUUGGAGAAUGUCAAAGAGAUGUGGACAGAAACACCGAAAGGCAAGGGAAAGAAUCCCAUCAACAAGGACAGGUUCAUCUCCAAAAUGUUCUUGAGAGGCGAUUCUGUCAUUCUAGUGCUCCGGAAUGCUGCUUGAGCAGAUGAGCAGGAAUUCACAGAGGGCAGUUCGAUGCGUACACAGACAACGAUGUAUUUACAGAAUGA